AGUUUAGCUGCCGCAAUGGACACAACGGCGCCGUCUGAGGGUCUUGGCGAGGUUGUCUCCCAUUACCUGGAUAAGGGAAUCGUGCUUAUUAUAGCUGAUCUUCUUAGUUUGAUUACGGUGUCAUCAUGUCUGGUCAUCAAGGUGCCACAAAUAAAUACGAUACGCGAAAACAAAUCGUCAAAAGGCAUCAGUGUCUUUGGCCUGUGCCUGGAACUGUUCAGCUAUACCGUUAUGAUGUCCUACAAUUACACGUCAGGCUAUGACUUCUUAUCCUAUAUGGAGUAUCCUGUGCUGCUGCUGCAGGAAUAUGUGCUGAUCUAUUAUGUCUUCAAAUAUCAGGAUAUGCUAGGCAAACGAACACAAGUCUUUGCCAUAUUCUAUACAAUCAUCGCAACACUUAUCUAUUUGAAACUCUUUCCAAUUAUCAUCCUAACGUUUCUGGUGCCUUUCUGUACGCCCAUUGGAGCAACGAGCAAAGUGCUCCAACUACUCGCUAUAUUGCGUACAAAGGACGCCAGCUCCGUUAGCCGGACGACAUGGGCGCUGUCCGCCUUCACCAAUAUGACCCGCAUAUACACAGCUUACGUGCAGUCUCAUGAUUUGAUGCUGCUGUCUAAUUUCCUGAUAUCCACUUUCCUUAGUCUGAGCGUGUUUGUCGCCGCMUGCGUUUAUAAGACGAAGACGAAGACGGCUUAAAUUUAAAGAUAAUUGUAAUCAAGCAAAUACUCAAUAGACACGGACUUACAGUUGUUGACAAAGUUUUUACUAAUAAAAUUCAAAUCUCAUUGGCA